CUCGAUCGCCGCGAGGUACCCUGUGAGCGUUUCUGCUAAGCCUGGCCGCACUAAGUUUCCUAGCUCACCUCCCUUCGCUGUUCUCCUAUUCUGCAGGGCCUUCCCCGCCCCGUCUGGCGCACGCUCGCCAGUAGCAUCUCUACGCGAGGUCUCUUGCCCGUAGUCUCUUCACACAAUCACCCUCCUCUAACCCCAUCCCAUUCCGGCUUGUUUUGCGACCAUGUCUACCACCGACGUUCCCUUCAUGGUGAAGCUCAAUGGGCCCGCAGACUCCGAGCUCGAGCUCUCUGACCUCUCACCGGCCGCCUCGUCUCACAUGGUCCCUGCGAUCUACUCCUCGCUGGGAGCCACCGCCGAGAAGCCCCGCCGCCACCCUCUCUUUCACCCUAACAUCGCUCAGCAACGCAAGCAAUAUUUCACCUUCUACUAUGCCUACGCCACACUCCUUAUUCUCCUCAUGUGGAUUUUGCUCCCUAUCUACUGGGCAUCGCUCGCGUACACUGAUCGGCAUACGCAGCGCUUGACCGUGCUCGUUACCGACCUCGACCAAUCCUUGAUCGGCGAGGGUAUCCUUGCUGCUGUGCAGCGAGCCCAGGACCAGGCCGCCGACGUGACGACUCUCGGGUGGCAAAUCGUGAACAGCACUGCGAGCGAUAACAGCGUCGUUGCAAGUGCCAUAGAUGCCGUUGUGGAUGAGCAGAUCUGGGCUGCUGUAGUCGUACAUUCGAAUGCAACCUCUAGUGUGCUCUCAAGUUUCGCAUCGGGCACGAGUGGCCCCCCCGCUGGCGCCGCCGUGGACGUGUACUACAACGAGGCACGCAAUGAGUUCGCAGCCAACUUCUACAUUGUUCCCAUUCUCACUGCGGUACUGACCCCCGCGCUCGCCGGCGCAAACGCGAACGUCUCCGCACAGUUUGUAUCCGCAAACGCGGGCAAUCGGACGGCCCUCGCGAACUUCGUCGCCGCCUCCUCGGCGUCGGACACGCGUGCCGUCGCCACCGCCGCGUACAAUAACCUGCGCCCAUUUUCCGCACCGGUCGUGUCCGCCCUCACGGAGGUCGGCAUGAUCCUGAUUGUCAUAUUCUCAUUCAUCCUCACCAUGGCGAACAGCGCACUGCGCCCGAUCGUCGCACGGCACCUGACACUCCCGUGGUACGUCGUGCUGCGUGUGUGCGCGCCGCUGCUCGCGUACGUGCCGCUCUCGCUCUCGUUCGCGGUCGUCUCGCUGCCAUUCCACGUUCCGUUCGACGGGAAGUACACGGAGGCGCAGGGCUUCUUUCUUUUCUGGAUAUUGUGCUACAUGCUUAUGUGCGGCUUUGGCCUCGCGACCGAGUUUGCUAUCGGUGUGCUCACGAUUAAAUUCGCGCCCUUCUUCUUGCUAACGUUGAUCAUCUCGAACGUCUCCGUAACUGAGUUCCCACUGGAGCUGCUGCCGGGCGUGUUUCGCUACGGACGCGGGUUCCCGUUCUACAACGCCUCUCAGGCCUUCCGGACGAUCACAUUCAACGCAAAGUCGCAUCUUGGCGUGAAUGUCGCGGUGUUGAUCUGCUGGGUCUUGAUUAGCCUGCUCACGGUGAGCGCCAGUACAUGGAUCAUCGAGGGCAGGAACAGGCGGAGGGGGAUUGAGGAGGAGGCGCAUCACUAGCGGUGGACGUCGGUUUGGCAUGAGACUCUGAGGCUUUCCUUUGCUGACGGUGGUCACUGGUUGAUUGCGUCAGCUUAGUUUAUUGGGGUCUCGGGCUCCCUCUCGUCAACAUCGGACACUGAGUCACUGGGGGUCACUUCGGCAUGUGCACUACUGGGCGAUCCGCUGCAAGACUUCGACUCUUUGUCGAAUCACCAUGCCUGUUCCCCGCCGUCAGCAUGGUCAUACAUACUUUGAACGUUUGUCGCUCAAAUACGUGUUGUAUGCAUCGCGCACGGGGCAGGUUGCGCCCCAUGUGUGUUCUGCUAGGAUAGGGUGGUAGAGACUGGAGUGCAAAUCCCUGCUGUUUGACCUGCGUUUAGGUACAUGUGUUGACCAAUAGCGAUUGAACUCCCCCGAGUUGUCAUAUCUAUCGUUAGG